AUGACUCUGAACAAGCCAGCAUACCACGGACCAGGAGGACAUCCCCACGGCCAGCCCCGCGGUAACUCGCAGCCAGUCGUUAUAUCUGUCGAUGGAGCAUGCAGAGGCAACGGGAGAGAACACAGUGAUGCUGCUGCAGGUGUUUUUGUCGACCACGGGUCAAGGUUCAACGAAAGCAUUCCUCUGAACCUGGACAGACCCACCAACCAGAAAGCAGAAAUACUGGCCGGCAUUCAUGGCCUUAGCAAGGCUCGAGAAAUGGACGGAGGCCCCUCUCGUCAUGUAGUCAUCAAAUCCGACUCUCAGUAUAUGGUCAAGGGCGUCAACGAAUGGAGCCGUAAGUGGGAGUCGAAUGGAUAUAAGACAGUCCAUGGUCAACCGGUUGCCAACAGGGAACUCUUCCAGGAACUUAACUCGGCAAAGAAAUCUUUGGAACAAUCGGGCAUAGAGGUUGAUUUUCAACAUGUGCCGAGAGAGCAAAACCGCGACGCGGAUCGCUGGGCCAACAAGGCAUUUGAGAACCAUCCAACUAGGGCCAGAAUGGCGGCUACCAUGGACCAAGACAGGCAAGUUCAGCAUGCUCAAUACCGUGAAUGA